CGCCGAUGGCCAAGAUCUUCGUCGGGAACCUCAACAGCAACGAGGCGCGGGAAGGCGACCUCCGCGCGCUCUUCGAGAAGUGCGGUAAGGUCCUCUCGGUCGUCAUCAAGCUCGGCUUUGCGUUUGUCGAGUUUGCCAACGAUGCGGACGCGGACGAGGCCAUUCGCACGCUCCACAUGCACACGCUCUUUGGAAAGGACAUGAAGCUCUCGCGCGCCCACACCAACCCGGACCGCAGCCGCGGCGACGACCGCCGGCGCGAGCUUCCCCGCAGCACGCGCUGCAAUAGCCUCUUUGUCGGCAACAUCGUGCCCGACACGACGCUCGACAAGCUCCACGACUUUUUCGAGAAGUUUGGCCGAGUCGAACAGAUCAAGGUGCUGCCCCAGCGCAAUGGCAACGUCGGCAUCUCAGCCUUUGUUGACUUUGUGGACGAUACGAGUGCGGACCGGGCCAUGGAGAAGCGCCUGGUGUUUGAGGGCCGCGAGCUCCGCACGGACUUUAGCCACCGCCGCGGCGUUGACAAUCGCCCGGCGCCCGACGCGACGAGUGUGGUGGAGCGCCGGCGCGACGACGACGACCGGUAUGCUCGGAAAGAUGCGUACGACGACCGCCGGCCGCGCGCCGGGUCGCUUGAAGAUCGCCGGCCGCGUUACGAGGCUGUCGACGACCGCCGGCCGCGCCACGAUUCGCUUGAAGAUCGCCGUCCUCGCCACGAUGCGCUCGAAGACCGCCGUCCUCGCCACGAUGCGCUCGAAGACCGCCGUCCUCGCCACGAUGCGCUCGAAGACCGCCGCCCUCGCCACGACGCCUACGACGACCGCCGCACCCGCAGCAGUGACAUGCAGGACGACCGCCGUCCGCGGACGGACGCGUAUGACGAGCCUCGUCCGCGCUAUGACGCGUACGCUGACGACCGCCGUCCUCGUGUCGAGGCGUACGAUGAUCGCCGGUCGCGGGUCGACGCUUAUGACGACCGACGACCGCGCGCAGACGCUUACGAGGCUCGACGACCCCGGACGCCGUCGCCCCGUCGCCGCGAGCUGUCCCCCCGUCGCCGCGAGCCGUCGCCUCGCCGCCGAGAGCUGUCGCCGGUGCGGUACCGCGAGCCCUCGCCACGCCGUCGGGAGCUGUCGCCCGUGCGCUACCGUGAGCCGUCUCCUCGUCGGCGGUCGCGGUCGCCCCGGACCCGCGUCGAAGUGGUGGCCCGCAGCCACGACUACGCACCUCGCGUCGCGUCGCCGCUGCGCCGACCCGUCUCGCCGCGCGCGCGGGACCAAUCGCCUGCCGUCCGAUCGCGUGACCGCUGGUGAUCGACCACUUCACUUUGUCUCUUUGGCCUUCGAGUCUGUCUGCGCUAACUCACUCGCUUGGCUGGUGUAAAUGAUGCAACCUUCUUGCAUGUAGCCGAAUUGGUCUUGUGGCUGCGAUCUCGUUCUCCUCGUCGUUCUUGCUUGCACGUGGCUGGAUCUCCUUCGUGUUGUCGUACCCGCCUUGUGGGAUGGCAACCGCUUGGUUCAUCAUCAUCUCAUCGCGAUAUGGAGCGUCGCAUACCUCAUUCUACGCGGUCACCGCAGCAGCGGGCCAUCUCUUGUUGCAUCUCUCGGCGUCUCGAUCCCUCUCGCAGUGCGUAUGGCAACCCCAGAUGGAGCUACUACCAAAUAUGCGAAAGUCGGGCACCGGGACCUGAUUGUCAUAUUGUCAGAUGACAAUAUUGCACGCGAUUCGAUGGACAAUAAGUUAAUUGCUAAUAGAAAGAAAGAUCGUUGCC